AUGACAGGUGCCAAAGAAGUAAACCAGGGGAAUGAUGCCUCCACAUCAAUUGCGCCCAAGAGUAGAUCACCGUCUAAGGACAAGUCAUCGUCUGCACCAGGGUCGGACACGCCUGCGAGAACCUCCAAAAAACGCCGAAAGGUCAAUCAUGCGUGCAUCUAUUGCAGACGUUCGCAUAUGACCUGCGAUCUUGAACGACCAUGUACGAGAUGUAUCAAGAGAAACAUCGGGCAUCUCUGCCACGAUGAGCCUCGCGAAGGUGUGAAGAAAGCCAAAUCGGAGCCCGAGAAUGGCAACGCCCAAGUUGAGGCUCCAAAAGGCGGACCACCCAGCGCUGAUGCCGCCACGAAUGUCAUAGCACAGCAAAUCAGCACACCUGAUGCAGGGCUGAACUUGGCGACACAUCAAAUGCCUGCCAGCAGAAACGUCGGCAGUUCCUCUAUUACGCAGGCCGAUUCCGUAUCUGCGCCACAGAUGCCAGUAAUGGCAUCUGGUAAUCAGUCUUUCCUCAAUUACGAUGACAUGCUCUCCACUUCUCAAAACAACUUUCAGGACAUGCAUCACUUCCAUCCUUCAUAUAUGUUCAACACCUCAGAAGUCAGCAACGAGUACAACCUGUUCAACGACUUCCUGAACAACAACCUUAUGGACGACGGCUCAUUCUACGGCGGUGGCGACCUCCACACCUUAUUCUCCGAUGCUUCUUUGAUGAACUCUAUGGGUACUUUGACCAACAAUACGGCCUUUAAUUCGAGGAAUGCUCAGCUACUUCCGCCACCCGCACAGACCACCGUCAGCAAGUCUGUUCAACGACCAUCGAAUAGCACAACUACCGACAAGGCGCGCGAGAGAUAUCUCAUGGCGGCUGCUGAUCCAGCUGGCAACGACAGUCCUGAAGAGCGCAUGAAUAAGCUCCUCAAAGCGAAGAUGGAUGCAGGCUUACUAAAGCCUUUCAACUACGUUAAGGGCUACGCAAGGUUGAAUCAGUACAUGGAGCAAAAUCUACAACAGAUCUCGCGUGUACGGAUACUGAGGCAGCUGGAUAGGUUUAGGCCUAAGUUCAGAGAACGAGUGUCGAAGCUUACGGAUGUGGAACUCGUGCGUGUAGAGAUGUGGUUUGAUAAGAGUUUGAUGGAGUACGACCGAGUCUUUGCAAGUAUGGCUAUUCCUGCAUGCUGCUGGCGUAGAACGGGCGAGAUAUAUCGAGGGAAUAAGGAGAUGGCACGCCUUAUUCAUGCCCCAAUGUCGAAGCUGCGAGACGGCAAUAUCGCGCUGCACGAGAUUAUUGCUGAGCCCUCGCUUGUAUCAUACUGGGAGAAGUUUGGCGCCAUUGCUUUCGACCAUACUCAAAAGGCUAUUCUCACGAGCUGCUCCCUCAAAAACCCCGAUCCAAACUCGAAAGACCCUGAGAUCAGGUGUUGCUUUUCUUUCACUGUGAAACGAGACAUGUGGAAUAUACCAGCAUUAAUUGUGGGGAACUUUCUGCCAAUCACAGAUCCUAUCUCUGGACCUUUACCUACCACUUGA